GUGCUUGCCUCGCACUGUCACAGUCGUGCACUCCCUGUCCCCGUGGGCUGUGGAGAGUUCCUGUCGGUGGUCGCCCCGCUUCAUCUGUCUCAUCUUCCCCAGCGCAUCCCCUCCCCACUGUAGCCUGUAUCCGCCCCCACACUCUGCGUCUGCAGUCUUCUUUCUCGCGUCGGCAGUCAGCUUGGCAGGGCCGAACCAAUGGCGGUCGACUCGCAGCAGGUGGUGGCGGGCUUCCUCACCCUCUCCAUGUUCGUCAUGCUCGGCAACAUGAUCAAGCACGACCACUUCUCUCCCGUCACCGAGGAGCUGGGCUUGGAGGCAACAGGUGUGGUGUCGAACACAAGGAAGCUUGACAACAAUGCUGAAAUGAGCAGCGUUGAUACGACUGGAGUGGAGGACCUGAUGGACGCUGUCGAGGAAGUUAAACCUUGCUGGACCAAACCAAAAAAUCAGUCGUCUAAUGGUUUUGUUACAUUCUCCUUGACUAUGGGCCCUGAGUAUCACAUCUCUCAGAUCACAGAUGUUGUGGUUAUUGCAAGGUAUCUAGGUGCAACACUUGUACUCCCAGACAUCAGAGGAAAUGAAUUAGGAAAUAAGCGAAAAUUCCAAGACAUGUACAAUGUGGAUAAGUUUGUGAGGAGCUUGGAUGGUGUUGUCGAAGUAAUAGAGGAUAUACCUGAUGAAGUGAGUGCUAAGAAGCCAGCAGUCAUCAGAGUACCGAACCGUGUGACUGAAAGCUUCAUCACAGGCACCAUCCAGCCCAUCUUCCAAAAAAACAAGUACUUAAGACUAGCGGUCAUUUUCUCUUCCAUAAGUUUAAGGCCAAAGGAGACGAACAACAAGGACAUGGACACAAUUGCUUGCCUUGCGAUGUUCGGUGGCCUCGAGCUGAAGCACGAAUAUUCUGAGGUGGCCAGAAAAAUGCUGGAUAGGCUUCAAGAAUUAAGCAAGAAGUCAGAUGGGAAGGUCUUGGCAAUUGAUUUGCGGACCGACUUGCUGGAGAAGAAGAGUUGCAAGACAACCCGUGGCGCUCGAAGAAAAGGCUGCUAUAGCCCUGAUGAGGUCCUGGCUUUCCUGAGGAGUGUUGGCUUCUCUGCUAACACAACCAUCUACUUGACAGAGACGUCGUGGCACAAAGGCCUGGAUGUUCUGAAGGAAGAAUUCCCAAAUACAUGGUAUCAAAUAAUUAGGUAUACCAUGUAGGAAUAUGAAAGUGGAUGAUUGUAUUGCAUAGAGAAUGGGUUACAAUAUAUAGACUCGACCCUAACCCUAAUGGGCCGGCAGCCCAACAGUGGUGCCGGCCCACACACACAGUCUAACAUUGGGGUAUAAUACCUCUUCAGGUAUGUAUGUGUGGGUUGUGUUCAGCAGGUGUGUUUUAGAUUUUUCCGGAUCAGGGUUCUACCUCUCCUUUGUACUUCUCUUGAUCUUCUCAAUAAAAUGAUGCACAAAUCUCCUGCGAAGAACUAACUUUUGCACUUUUCUCGGUGACCAGACUAGAUUGACUUGAAAAUUCAUGUCCUUGGACUAAAUUCUUGUGUGUGUGCGUGUGUGGAACUAUGGAUCGAUUAUACUUUUUAAUGCAAAGUAUGAUUGCUUCAAGCUUUGUCAGGGAAUCUAAAUUUUAUUGUUUGCAUCAUUAUAUUAACAGGAUUUUGAUUGUAGCAUAAGCCAAACUAGUGGAGUUGAAAUUUCAUGAGUGUUUGAAGUGAAAAUGCUUGAAAUGCCAUCGUAUCUGCAAUUCUUUGUAGGGUUGAAAACGGGAUGGAUAUAGGCGGAUACAGUGUCAUCCUGUAUCCUACCCUAAUGUAUUUCUCUCGGAUACAUGACCAGAUACGGGUAGUUAAAAUUCGGGACGGGUACAGGAUGAGACCGAGUAAUAAUUUGGGUGGGUAAGAAACGAGUAUCAGAUAUUACUCGGGUAGAUAAUGGGUAUUUGUCGGAUAUUUCGUUUCGAUAAUAUUAGUUGCUCAACCGUCCGACAAAGAAAUAAAAUAAGAAAUACAUAAUCAUGUACAUGAUAGCUCAAAUAUAGAAAAACAAACCGAUAAAAUUGACAUCAUGCAGUUCAAAGUUACUAAUCACAAGGACAUUAUAGAACCAACAACACAAUUUAAAAAAAAAUCAACAUCAUAUCCCCUCUUUCAGGCAUAAUCUACAAGUCCACACAUAUAUAACAAAUAGUAAAUAGUUGACAUUAAUUAACAUGUUCAAGUGUUCAACAUUUUCACGUCACAAAAUGAAACAACACAAAUCACAAUAGAUAGAGUGGCUGCUAAUAACCAUGUAAUAAUCCAAUCAAACAAUUGGAAAACGUUAAUAGCGGCUACUAGUACAUGGUAUUACUAGUCACCUAGUUUAGUUUCAAAAUUGAAAUACAGCAAACGGUAGUCUUAGCUGUUGGGCGUUGGACCUAAAUAAGUAUGCUAAUAAUAAUGGGCCAUUGGGCGGUGGGCCUGCAUGACGCAAGGUGCAAGGCAAGAGGGCAUCGACAAGAGUCGCACUACCAUACGCGGAUACGAGAUACGACCAUCUUGCCAUACCAGAUGCCAGCCACCGGGUACUCGACCGUUAUCGGGUAUUAGUGACUCCGUAUUGUACCCGUAUUCGGGGGUGUUCGUUACCUGAGUAGUACCCGUAUCUGUCCCGACAACAAAAAUACCCGUAUCCGUAUCCUAAAAUUCGGAUAAUUUUGCUACCAGUAUCCGGUACCCGACCCGGGUACCCCUUUGUUACUUAUCUAUAUGAAUGAUAAUAUGAUAUGCAUAUACAA